UUCUAACCGCUUCCUACUUCCUGCGUCAAAACAUUCCGGUGUGUCUAUGCGGCUCUAACGCUUUUUUUCGGAUUUUAUGAGUGAUUAUGGCUGCAAACUGCAGCACCGGUUCGGCUACGGAGCCUCCGGGAUUAGAGACCCAGUGGCGGGAGAUCGACAACCUGAACCAGCAGCAGCUCCGGGCCGGAGACAGCUGGUAUUUGUUGGACAAGAGAUGGUUUGAUCAGUGGAAAGAGUAUGUACACACCGGGGACCAAAAUUCCUCCUCUUAUCCCGGAAAGAUUGAUAACACUGAGCUCUUUGAAGAUUUGGAUUCCUACCACCUGAAAGAGAGGCUGUCGGAGAAUGAGGACUUCAUCCUGGUCCCAUCAGAAGCCUGGCAAAAACUCUUGUCUUGGUAUGACUUGAUGGAUGAUCAGCCUCCUUUGGAACGAAAGGUUGUUGAUCUUCCCAGCACUCUUAAAGUAGAGGUCUACCCUGUGGAGGUCUACCUCUGUCUCUCUAGUAACUUGGAAAGUACCGUAGCUGGACAGUUCAGUCGAGCAGACAAGAUACACUCUAUACAUCAAAAGAUACGGCAGCAUUUUACUGUGUCAGAGACUGCUGAGAGCCGACUGUGGAUGAGGAGUACGGAUACAAGCUCAGAAAGGCUACGCAACCUUAACAUGACUGUCCUAGACGCCUGCCUCAGUUCCGGCAUGACGGUGAUUAUGGAGAUCAGGAAUGUGGAUGGUACGUGGCCCACAUCCAGGCCUCAGAUCAUGCGGAACUCUGCUGACGAGGACUCGUAUCGAGGGUCUCCUGGAGUGUGUGGCCUCACGAACCUGGGCAACACCUGCUUCAUGAACUCAGCUUUACAGUGUCUGAGUAACACGCCGCCACUGACGGAGUACUUCCUGAUGAACUUGUAUCUGGAGGAGCUGAACUUCACUAACCCUCUGGGCAUGAAGGGUGAAAUUGCAGAAGCCUACGCAGAUGUCAUCAAACAGAUGUGGUCAGGGAGGCACUAUUCUGUGGUUCCUCGGGUAUUUAAGACCAAGGUCGGCCACUUUGCGUCACAGUUUCUGGGCUACCAGCAACACGACUCUCAGGAGCUGCUGUCUUUCCUGUUGGACGGUCUUCAUGAAGACCUCAACCGGGUCAAAAAGAAGGAGUAUAUUGAACUCAAGGAUGCUGAUGGAAGACCUGACCAGGAAGUGGCUGAGGAAGCGUGGCGCAACCAUCUGAGGCGGAACGAUUCGGUCAUUGUCGACACUUUCCACGGGUUGUUUAAGUCGACAUUGGUGUGCCCUGAGUGCAACAAGGUCUCUGUGACCUUUGACCCCUUCUGCUACUUAAGUGUGCCCUUACCAGUCAGCAAGGAGAGGGUCAUGGAGGUGUUCUAUGUUUCACUGGAUCCCAUGGCCAAACCAACACAGUAUCGUCUGAUUGUCCCUAAAGCUGGCCGAGUGAUUGACUUGUGCACGGCCCUCUCUCAGGCAACAGACGUCCCACCCAGCCAGAUGGCUGUGGCUGACGUGUUCAAUCAUCGCUUCUAUAGGAUUUACCAAGCUGAGGAGUCCUUAAGCUGUAUACUGGACCGGGACGAUAUAUUUGUGUAUCAGCUGAACAGUGGCUGUAUGGCUGAGGCUGAUGAGGAGGUGAUUCUAGCCAUCUACAUGCGUGAACGCUCUCAUUACAGAGAUUACGGCUCAGGCAGCAACAGCUACAGCACUUCCCUGUUCGGUCACCCGCUGCUGAUGUCUGUACCGCGCGCCCAGUGCACGCGGGAAGAUCUCUACCAGCUCCUCCUGAAAAGACUGGCGCGUUAUGUCCAUCCCCUAGAUCCCUCAGAAUUAGAGGAGGAAGAAGAUGAGGAUGAAGACUUGUACAAGGCACAGACCAACGGAGUUAGUGAUGAUGAGGGCGAGGAAGACUCAGAGGAGGCGGGCCCAGCCAAGAAAGAGGAACAGACUCAAGAGAGCAAUCAGACGGAUGGGCAGAACAAUGGCCCGUUAGAAGCCAGCCCGAGCAGCGAGGGGGAGGACCGAGCUGAGGAGGAAGAGUCGAGCAGUGAACCGGACCGGGGAAGCAGUACAGAAGAGGGCCAAUCAGCGUCCGGCAGCACUGACACCAACUCCCAAGAUGCCACUGAUGGGGACCAAAGUGCUAGCGCAAAACCUUCGGGAAAGGAGGAAGAGGAUGAAGAAGAGGAGGAGGAGGAAGACGGGGAAGGGGCAGCAACUUGUGCGCAGGCAAAUAAGAGGGUUCCGGACAGACGGCACUACACUGAGAGACGGAAAAAAGCCCUCUUCACCAUUCAGGCGGUGAACUCUAAUGGCACCACGGAGCGAGGGAUGGCAGAGGCGGGCAGCAGCUUCUCUUUCAGCUCUCAGCCAUACAUUGCCAUCGACUGGGACCCUGAUAUAAAGAAGAAGUAUUACAAUGAGAAUGAAGCCGAGAAAUACAUAAAGCAUCAGAGCAUGGACGUCCCUCACCUGCAAACGACAGUGCAGCUACAGGAAUGUAUAGAGCUCUUUACCACGGUAGAGACACUGGAAGAGGAAAACCCCUGGUAUUGUCCUACAUGUAAAAGGCAUCAGCUUGCUACUAAGAAAUUGGAUCUGUGGUCUUUGCCAGAGGUUCUGAUCAUCCAUUUAAAGCGUUUCUCCUACACAAAAUACUCUAGAGAGAAACUGGAUACUAUUGUGGAGUUCCCCUUGCGGGAUUUGGACUUCUCAGGUUUCCUCCUAAAGAAGACCAUGAACAGUACUGAACCUCCCUGUAGAUAUGACCUGAUCUCUGUGUCGAACCACUACGGCGGACUCCGAGAUGGACACUAUACUAGUUAUGCCCAGAACAAGGACAACGGCCAGUGGUAUUACUUUGACGACAGCAAGGUGACCUUUGCAAGAGAGGAACAGAUUGUGACCAGUGCCGCCUACCUCCUGUUCUACCAGCGCCAAGACAAGAUCCGCCAGCCCACCGUCCCUCCACCCGUCCCAGAGAACCACAUCACGUCCCAGACACAUGAUCCCGUGGACGGAGCCUCUUCCUGUGUCAGCAUGGAGACGGACUGAUUUCUGUCUUUUUCCUUCUCCACUUCAUUCUUUCUCACUCUUAUCACUUCCAACUUUAAUCUUUAAUCUACAGAAACUUGAACCUCGGCCUCUGCUCUGACUCCGACAGGAAGCGCGAGGCAGGGGCUACUCUCUCAGGCUGGUGCACAAGCAUCAUAAGGGGUGGGAAUGCAGAUUUGUGUGUUUUUCUUAAUGACGAACUCAAGGAAACGGGUUAAGCUGGUGGUGGCGGAUGCAUAGAUCGCAUACCUAUUUGUCUGCAUCGCUUCAGCAACGAUUCGAAUCCGGAGAAUGAGGUUUGCGCUGUUCAUCGUCACCAACUGUGUUCUUUAUUUUUUCCUAAGCUUGCUUUUCUGAGCUAGCUAAGCUGCUGUCCACAAUGGUGAUGUCUGAACGCCCAACCUUGGGUAAAGCUGCACCGUUCAGCAUCAUGAAUCAGGCCUCCUGUUUAUUCCAUCAGACUUUCAGCGAGGGCGCUAUUAGCAGGGAUGGUUGAGGUGGUUUAUCAUAUCAGGGACAUCGUGAUCAGAAAUCCAGUUUCACUAUGAUUUCUGAGAUCUUCUAGUAAAGUCUGUCCACUCACUCGUGAUCUAUUUAUUUUCGUAAUUCCAAGAUGCUGAUGUGGAGUGAGAAAUAGAGAUGGUUAUAAUUCAAAAAAUCUUCCAUUUUUAUUUUCAUUCACGUGAUGCUUUUUCUCCGGCGGUCGUAAGGUCAGGGAAAAGCCCCUCUGUUGCGGGACACAAACGGAGGCCUGUUUUCCAGCGAGAAUUUGCUUCUUUUUUUUAUCUUAAAUGAAAGGAAAAUACGCAGCAAGAUUUAAACAUUACAUUCUUUUUUGACUAAUUGUGUUGAAUUUAUAAACUCUUUGGAGCGAUGAGAAUAUUUCAGCAAAGUGCUUUCUGGAUAGAGCUCUUUACAUGAUGAUUUUUAAGGCACCUAUGUACAGUAUUUUUGUAUUGUAAUAAAUGUUGUAUUAUCUUUGAUCAUUUGGAUCAGAUGCUGGGGAUGGGGCGCUUUCAUUUUAUUUUGUUAAUAAUUAUAGAUUGAAUAUAUAAUUGUAUACACAUCUUUUGAUAUGAAUAAAUGACUAUAAAGUCGAGGUUAGAUUGGA